AUGGACUCGGACGAGGAAUUGUGUGGUGACAAACUGGAGAACAAGAAACGUAGUUAUGAUCAAUUUAGCAAACACUGGUCCAGACGGCUUAAACCGCGCAGCAGCGCUCAAGACCGCGCGCACUGGCCGACCGAGGAACUAUCGUCCCACGAUCGACCCGCGCAGAACAUGACUUCCGUCCCGCCUAGUGCACGGCCAAGCGCACAUACCGACCAGGGAAGCAACUGCCCGAGGUCGACCCAUCCAGUCUCACGACCAUGUGCCGCGAACUACCACACCACGCGCACAGGAAGGCAUCGCCUCACGUUCGUUCCGACCGCUUACAACGAUCCGUGUGCCACGCACGAUCACACCGUCCGACCAGGAAGGCAUCGUCCCACGUCCGGCCCGAACCUUCGACCAAUAUCAUCCGCCCGGCGGAACCCGACGACCGAACAAGAAUUCCCUCGGCCACGAUCGACCCGAUCAUACCGAUGGCCGCUCACAACCCGACUCUCGGCCCAACGUCCCAACCGACUGUCCAAACGGUCUGAUCGAUCUAAAGCCGAUUUAGAAGUCCGUUUUACAAGAAUUGAAGCCCUAUUACUUUGCCGACUUAAUAGACCUAGGUCUAGCCGCUCUUCAAUACUUAGAGCAGUAUAA